AUGUCCGACAACAAGGUGGUGGUAGCUGUGGACUUUGGCACCACCCGUACAGCCUACGCAACAACGCAGCAAGGGCUGGCUGAGGAUGACAUCGAGGUCCGAGUUCCAGCUGGUGCCAGCAACCUCUGUACGUAUGACUCUAAAACCCCAUCCAAUGUGCUGAUCGACAUGGAGGGCCAAAAGGCCAUUGCUUAUGGGUUCACUGCACAUGAGAGAUAUUGGAACAAGCCUGAUGGCGACUGGCUGCUUUUCCGCUGGUUCAAGAUGAAGCUGCACCAAUCCACCACACAGGACCCCAUGGUCAAGGCCCUGAAUGGGAGGUCACUGAAGCUGUCAGUUGUGCUCGAGAAGUCGCUGGAGUACCUGAAAAACGAUGUAGUGAGUACCCUGAAUGCCCAGAAAGGGCUUGGUCUUUCUCCUGAGGACAUCAUUUGGGUGGUCACUGUGCCUGCCAUCUGGAAUGACUGGGCCAGAGAGAUGAUGAGGACAGCAGCGUUCAAGGCGGGCAUGAUACAGAGCCAGCGGUCCAAAAACCUAAAGAUUGCGCUGGAGCCGGAGUGCGCCUGCAUUUCGGUUCAGAUGGAGAAGAUGCAAGGCGUCUUGACUGAGGUAGGGCAGAAGCUGAUGAUCCUGGACUGCGGCGGAGGUACGAUCGAUUUGACUGCGCAUCAGGUGGAGGCCACAGACCCUCUGGGGCUUAAGGAACUGAUGGCUCCCGAGGGCGGCCCGUUCGGGGCCACGAAAAUUGAUGAGAAUUUCUAUAAGUUCUUCGAGGACUUGAUCGGGCCAAGCAGGUUCCAGACCCUCAAGCAGAGCAGGGCCUACCUCGCCCUUACCCGUUACUGGGAAGACAAGAAGGUCUCGUUUCACGGGAACGAGAACGAAGAGGACGACGAGUGGCUGGCUGCCUUGAGCAUUGGGGACGUCGUCCUGAGUCUCAACAUGUGCGGCGAGAUGGAGGGCCUUGUAUCGAUGUGGAAUGCCCGCAACCCGCACCGCAAGGCUGAGGCCCUGAGCGACUCCAGCCUGGGCCUGACCUUCGAGCUCAUGAUGUCCUUCUUCGAGGGACCGAUCAAGAACAUUGUGGACAAGGUGAACGCGGUGAUGGCCGACCCCAAGAACCAGGCGGCCCUAAAAGGACUCAGCUUCGCCGUGAUCGCCGGCGGCUUCGGCCGCAGCCCCGUGCUUCAGAAGCGCAUCAGGGAAAACUUCGAGAACAGUGCAGUCAGGGUGGUCGUCUGCAGACACCCCGACCUAGCAAUCGUCAAGGGCGCCGCGGCGUUCGGCAGCAGGCCCAAUCGAUUCUUCGAAUCCCGCGUUGCCAAGUUCACCUACGGGGUGGGCACCAGCAGGGUGUUCGACCCGACGGACUCCCGCCACAGGCAGCACGAGCACUGCAAGUACAUGGGUCCCGACGGGAAAUGGAGGAUUGACGUGUUCAGCGUGCACGGGAGGGCCGGGGACGACAUAGUCGUGGGUAGCGCUUGCGGCAGGCAGAGAUACCGGCCGUCCUUGCGCGAUCAGGACACCAUCACGUUCAGGAUCCUCGCGACGGAGGCGCAGGACGUGUUCCUGCAGGAGGAGAGCGGCGUGCGUGUGCUGGGCUCCUGGACGGUGGAGGUGGACAUGUUGGACGACUACGACGAGCGCUGGUUCCAGGUUGAGUUCUCUUUCGGCGAGACGGAGACCGUGUGCAGGUGCUUCAAGGAGGCCAGGGGCGGGGGGGAGGGGCCGGAGGUGAACGUCAUGGACGUCGAAUUCCCCAGCGACAUCCACUGGACGGCGCCAACGAUGUGA